AUGCCAUGCCCUGGUCGCUUCAGCUCACAUCACCUCACCUCUCACGUCACCCCAGAUAAAGAAAUACCGGCACAGAAAGCGAGCCAAGUACGACAUCACAAAGGCACAGCUUUACCCAAAUCCUCUUUACCAAGGCAUACCGGCAUACCGACACCAAGCUACAUAGACCAAACACAGCCGCCGCGGCUCAACCACUACAAUUGCGACACUCGUCACAUCCUAACCGGUCAACCGAGCCCCGAGUACCGUACGCAUAGGCUGAUCUGUGGUCUGGCCAAGCACCAGCUCAUCCUCAUCUUGAGCCCAUCUUGA